CAGGUACCAGCAGGGAGCAGUAGUGUUAACAACAGCAGGAUGGGGAGCUUCAGCAAGAUCCUGCCAUACUCCUGCUAUGAGCUCGGCCACUGCUGGAAACACUCGUGCUCCUCAGCCUCCUUUGAAAUCUGUAUCAUUGGGUUCAUUGAAAGCAUCAAAAUCUAUGGUGUGGUGUACUUGCUAACCGGUCUUGUGAAUGCUCGGAAAAUAAGUAUGAAGUAUGGAAAAAAAGCUCUUGAAGAACUACUUAACAUCAGUUUGUUUCCUGACAGUCAAUGCUUUUGGGUACAUUGGCUCCUACUGUGUUGUCAGGUCAUCACAGGAAUCAAAUGCAGCAUCAGUAUGGCUCACCAAACACUUCCCCUCACACUGGUGGUGUUGACCUGCCUUGUGAACACCUGCCCUCCUGUGUUCCUGCCCUUAAUAGCCCUCCAGGUGACAUCAGAAUGUGGAUGAGGGGACAAGAGAGCCAGUGUUCCAAGUACCACCACCAUCACCACUGCCACCACCACCACCACCACCAUCAGGAGCACAGAUUCACUGAAGUCUCUACCAAGAUUUCUUUGAGUUUUUUGAUAAAUUUAACUUCCAGGAGAGAGAGAGAUGCUGAUUGUUAAAGGCAGUGUGUGAAGCCUGCCCACUGUCUUUGUAUAUACAGGUUAGGGUGUGUGUGUGUGUGUGUGUGUGUGUGUGUGUGUGUGUGUGUGUGUGUGUGUGUGUGUGUGUGUGUGUGUGAGUGUUUGUUUGUUUUGUAUCCUCCACACUGCUGGUCUUAAUCUAGCUUGCCAAACUAAAUGAAGUCAUCCACAGCCACAGCCUUAUUCUUCCUUUCAUUUGUAUCUACACAGUCCUAUGAGCAGCUCCUCCUCCUCCUCCUCCUCCUCCUCCUCCUCCUCCUCCUCCUCCUCCUCC